CUUAACAUGAUUCAGUCAAUUCAUUAUCAAUAUUUGCAUUAAAGAAUUGUAUCGCACAAGUUCAACAAUUGCAAUAUUAUAUAAAUUUGUUCUGUAUGAAUGUAUUAGAUUCAGAAGCUAAUUCGGUUGACAUUCACUUGUAGAUGCACAAAGCAACUCUCAGAUCAAGUGUUGGAUUAGAUUAAUUUUGCUUCAUCAUUAUCACCAACUCUAAUUACGUUUCUUCCCUAACUAAACCUAAUUCAAAUGAAAACACAAACAUACAGGCUUCUACAAAACAAAAUAAAGUGUACAAGGGAGAUCACUCAGUAGUGGCUAGUGAUUUUAGGUUCGAUUCUGCCAGCAAUUCUCUUCAGCUAUAUCAGAAGAGGGAGCUGUAUAUCCUCAUCGUAAUCUCCUUUACACCCCCAAUCAAUCACAACAUCAAUACAUUUCGAAAACCAUUGAAAACCAAAAACAAUUCUCGAAAAAAACCCAAUUGAUUUGUGAAAACUCAAUACCAAUUAAAAAUUAUAGAUUUGCGAAACCGAAUAAAAACAAAAUAAAAGGGAAAGAGAGAGGAAGGCUCAGUUCAGCGGGAGUAUCGACACAGAAACGAAUCAACCAAUAAUGGAUGAAACGCCUCAUUCCGGUCUGUUGAGCUUGAAAUUUCCGAGUCGUCACUGCCAACUCUAUCUCUCUAUAUAUAUUAUCUAUCAACGAUCAACAAAAAAUCUUUAAAAAGCUCAUAAACCCUAAAACUACUAAACAUCCUAAAGAAAACGAUUAGAACAUGAGAAGAGAGAAUCCUAGAUGCAACUGAACUGAUGAUGAAUACGAUCCCGGCGAUUGCUUUCAAUUUAUAAGGGACGUCAUUAGGGUUUUCCGUAGGUCUUCGGUAAAAAUUCGGCAAAAGCCCAUUUUCGGCCCGUUAAGAGGUUUCAUAAUAUGUGCUGCUUUGAUUAUCCAUCAUACCCACGGAUGUUUUGGUUUAAAUUCGGUUCGUUUGAAUUUGGUCUAAUCUGGUUCAGGCUUGGAAUUGAAAUCUGGUUUAAAGUUUCUUCUCCUCUGUUUGUUAAUUUUUCUCUUUAAUUUACGGGAAAAUGGACGCAUUGAGAGCUUCUUACGGAGACGCUUCAUCGGACUCCGACACAGAUGAUCUUUCUCCGGCGUGUUCCGUUUCUGCGAAUUCCGGCGAGAAAUCAACCGCUGAGAAGCAAGAGAAUGAGUUGAUUUCCUUACCUCCUCCGCCGCUUUCGCUUCUCGAAUCCAUUGUAUCCACAGGUUCGGUGGAUUACUUCACAACAGAGUCUGGGGUUCGAGUAAGAAACUUCCCUCACGUCGAUGGCAAUUACGCUUUGCACGUUUACAUCCCUGUUAUUAUACCUCCAUUGCCAAAGAAGGAGAUUGUCUGCUUUUUAAAGAGGGUUGCAUCAGUUGUUCCUCAACUUCAUUUGGUUGAGGCUGAUGUGCCACUCAGCAUUCUAUGCAAGGAUGACCACAAGUUUGAGCGUGCAUUGGGGAGAGAGUUCCAUAUAAGCUUGGGAAGGAGUGUUCCCCUGCGUGUUCAUCAAAUUAGCUCAGUGGUUUCUAUGCUUAAACAAAAGCUUCAGUUUCAUAAGAGAUACUUGAUUGAUUUCAAUAAGUGGGAGGUUUUUGUGAAUGAUGACUGUACUCGCUCUUUCCUUUCUUUGGAAAUCACGACUUCAGGACUAUCUGAGAUAAGCAAGCAAAUCGAUGCUGUUAAUGAAGUUUACAAGCUUCACAAUCUGCCAGAGUUCUACAAGGAUCCGCGGCCGCAUAUAUCCUUGGUCUGGGCGUUGGGUGACAUUAGGAAUUCCCUAAAGGGAGCUGUUGACGGGGAACUGAGAAAGCUAAGAGCUGGUGGUUGUGUGCAGAAUCGUAUAUUCGCCACUAAGUUUUCUGGGAUUGAGUGUAAGAUUGGAAACAAAACACAUAAAAUAUGUAAACUCCCAGAUGAAUAAGAAAAUCCCAAUUUCUGUGUUUGAACACCUAUAUCAGUUAUGCAUUUGUUAGUGUAACGAAAUAGAAGCACAAAUUGAUA